GUCGAGAUGGGGUGUCGGUGAUGGAGUCUCGUUGACAAUGCUACAUAGUCAGCCACCGAUAGAAAAGAUAAGACCAGGUUUUACUAUCUCACUCGAAGAGGAGUUCCAUGAAUGAGAGUUUUCCACCCGGUACUACAGGGAAAUGGCUUUCGACUAACGUAUAGACCCUUCGAGAAGCUUCAGCCGAAAACGAGACUUUUACCUCAGUCAGUCUCAGUCUUUCAAAGCCCUAUCAAAUCUCCUGCCUCCACGUUUGGGGGAGUUGGCGUCCUCACCAUCACCAUCGCGUUGCCGCUUCCGGCGUCCAGGCCACGGUUUCAGUGGCUCCGAUUUUCUUGCUUUCUUGCUUUCUUGCGUGUCCGUUCAGCAUUCCCAAGAAGACAAGUCCCUCGAGACUGCAGCAAGUAGGCUACAGAGCAAAACACCCCUGCAUGAUGAAGCACUCUUCACCACGAACACAGUGCACCUGCGGGCCCUGCAUGUCCCACC